CGUUCAAUGACAUGUUCAACGAAUGGGAAAGGUGGCGCGAGAGAUCCAAUAAGUCUGCGUACAGACCGAGGAUUGCAGCGAUGCUUUAUUUGAAAUCUGACAGUAUAGACAUUUAUUUAGUGAACUGAAAACUUGUCUGCUUGUGGACGUGCAGACAAUGCGCCAUCUGUGUAUCGAUAUGCCGAUCGCUCAUCGUGGUUUUCUGUGGACGCAUAAUGACUCUAUUGGCAUGUUCAAGUGUAAAUUGGAGGGGCUUGACGGUCAAACCAAGAUCGAGAAGUUCAGCUUCUCAGUCCCGGUGCUCAAGCGAAAUGCAGUCGUGGAUUUUGCGCAUGAUGAAGUUUCUGGUGAAAACGUCUCUUCGGAAGACCGGCGGAAACCGAUUUGGUCGAUCUUCUGUUACUUUUUAUUGACCAUAGGAGCACUUGAGUGUCUACAAUUGCCAUACACCGUGCCGGCUGAACUCAAGAAACACCUCACUAUGCCACUAGCGGGUGCGACAGCCCUCAAGCAGCUUACAUACAGUAACAUAUUUCCAUUCCAAUCUUGCGUUUUGCAGGUCUCGAAAGAUGUCUUACUUGAGAGCCUUACGCUAGAAGAUCCACAUCUCGAAAUUAUAGCAUCAGUAAUAUCAUCUCAUAAGUUGCUGACAAAGUCCCUACUGUUCCAGAUGGACGACUGGGAGCUUGCCUCGAAUUGGAGAGAAACUGCGCGACAAGGCAGGAUUUCGAGAUGCCAUGGCCCUGCUUCGGUGGAAUUGUUCAAAUGGAGCAUACCUCAUCAUCAUCAUGAAGACAAUCCCGACUUUUCGAGGAUUGAAGGCUCGGCCACGGGCAAGCAUGCUAUGAGUAAUGGCUGGGUAGAGAUGUUGCUUGACUUCUCUGAAUUUUGAUGCAUGCAUUGCACUUCUGCAAUGAGCUUACCGAACACAGCCUGCUCGAAUUUUUGUCAAGCUUCAUCGUCACCGCACUGAGCCAGCUGCGUUGACACAGCACUAUCAACUCGUCUGCAGUACUGUGUACUUGUACAAAUAAGUAGUAUAAGACUGCUCGUUAUAUCGUUGGUGCUGUACUUCUAUAACUUUGACCAAUGGGUUUGAUCACGAUGAUGUGACCUACAGAUUGUGCCCAGGCUACUAAUCGAUUGUGAUCAUGAUCAAAAUCGGACAAUCUGCGCCUCAAAAAGACCAAGACGUCCAGCAUAAUGGCUGGUGUGCCGUGCUUAAAUGAAGAGUCAUCUGUCAAUGCCCACUAUAAAAUUCGUCGGAUAGAGAUGUCUGUACCUUUGGACAUUGCUAAAGCGCUGUCUAGAUG